UUAGAUUUUGCAGAAUUGUUUCUGAAUUGUAGAGCUAACAGUUUUCAAUAGAUUGACAAGUCAGUGAAGGAUGCAAGCAUGGCGCGGGUGUCAGAGAAUUACUCGAAAGACAAAGUGAUAGAUAUUUUACGUUUUCUUAUAGUUUUACAUACAUUACACCCUAAUACAUCAAAUAUACAUGCAGUAGAAAGCCACGGCCAAGCUUUCAUACAAACAGACAAACAUUUAACGUAUAUAGUAGGAGAUUAUAAUAAUGGUGGUAUACCUUUAGAAAUAAAACCAGGCCAUUCAAAUUCAAAUCAAGAUUUUAGACAACAAGAUGAUAAUUUUUUCUCAACAGUACGAUUGGAUCCCCCUUUACUGGAUUUUUCUGAACAGCCAGUGGGGAUGCCCCGUAUGGAAAAAGUUACAGUUCAAAAUACAGAUACAAAAAAUAUGCUACAUUUAGUUUCAAUAUCAGGCAGUACAGUUCACUUUCAUUGUUCAUUUUUUCAAGACAAAGUGGUGCCCCCUGGUGGGAAUACAACAUUUGAUGUGGUGUUUUUAGCCCGUCAGGUGGGCAAUGUAGAAAAUACACUUUAUAUCCGUACAUCAAUAGGCUAUUUAAAAUAUCAGGUUUUUGGGGUAGGGGUUCCUAAUCCAUACCGAUUAAGACCCUAUUUAGGUGCAAGGGUACCAGUUAACAGCACCUUUUCACCUCUAAUACAAAUGCAUAAUCCACACAGCACUAAAUUACAGGUAUUAGAAAUGUUUUCAAGUGAGGGAGAUUUACACCUGGAAUUACCGUCAGGUGAAAAAGAGGCUGGAAAAGAACUAUGGGAGAUUCAGCCUUUUGAAACAAAGUCAGUGAUGCGAGCUAAUUUUAUAGCUCGGGUAGAGAAUAAUCAUACAGCCUUUAUUCGUAUAAAAACAAGCGAAGAAAGUCAAGAUAAAUUAUUAAUAUUACCUGUAGAAAUAGAGGUGUCUUCAGAACCUGGUAUAUAUUCACCUGUUGAAAUGAUAGAUUUCGGAAUUUUACGAACGUUUGAUGAACCUAAAUCUGUUAAACUCAGCUUAUUAAAUACUGGAUCUUUACCAAUACAUAUCAGUAGUAUAGUAGUAUCUCCACCUAAUGAUGCUAUCAGUAUAGAUUUUAGACCAAGUAAAAUUCCACCAGAUGAUAAAAAACAAACUACUGUAGCUCAUAUCACUUAUAAAGCUGUUAAAGCCUUACAUCCCAGACAGUGGUCGGGAAAAAUUAUCAUCAGAUCCAAAAAUAAUCUACAUAAAUUAGUCUUGCCAUACCAAGCUAAUGUUUUACAUGGGUCGAUGGUGUAUAAUGUUAACAUGACAUAUUUCUUCAGUCUAAAACAUAUACAUAAUGUCAGCAGACCUCUCGCUUUUACCAAUACUUUUAACUUUUCACUCGUAAUAUAUAACGUCAGUCUCCCUCUGUCAGCAGCACCUUAUUUCUCGAUUUUAAAUUUUAGUGAUCCUAUGAUUAUUUUACCACAACAGACAGCCAUACCAUUUAUAGUAAUGUUUCAUCCAAACGCUACACAGCUUCAUUUUAAUACAGUCCUUACACUACAUACUAAUACAUCCGUCUUUCAUAUUCCAUUAAUUGUCUAUAAUGGACUCUUCAAGGUGAUUCAUCAUCGACCAGAGAAGUUCAAAGGUCAAUUAGAUUUUGGUACUAUGGGAGUCGGGGAAUCACGUAGUAUGACUUUUACAGUUAGAAAUGAUAAUCCUGUAGAAGUUAUACUGGGUGAAUAUACAUCUAAUAUGAAACAGACUAAAGUACGUAUAUUAGGUAUCGAGAAGGGAAAUGGUACAACUUUAACAAGAAUACACAAUCAAUCAGAAAUAGAUACAGACCCUUUAACAAUUAAACCAUAUCAUUACGCAGUAUUCAGUGUGGAUGUUAUAGCGCCUAGUGAGGAAGGGGCGUACGCAGCAGAAGUUAUGAUUGUCACACAAUUUCAAGAUUUAUUUAUACCUAUGACUUUAAGAACAGCAGAAGGAAGUCUUUAUGCCAUUCCAGAUAAAUUUGUAUUUGAUAGAGUUUAUCCUGGUCGAACACCAUAUAAAGUGUUACAGAUAAACAGUACGUUUAAAGAUUAUAUGGAGGUGACGCAGGUUACAUUCAAUCCGGCCGAUACAAGGUUUUAUUUUGUUCCCGAGAAUGAUAAUAUAGUUAUAUUACAACCGGGGGAACCUAAUGUGGUUGGAAAGAUAUAUUUUAAUUCUAAAAGAGAAUGUUUAGAGGAUUGUUAUGUUGGUUUACCUACGUUUACACCAGGUGGUAAUCAGUGGUUAGUGGGGUUAAAUCUAGAGAGAGAAGUAGCAAAUACAGAUCAAUAUUUAUAUACAUGGUUACAACAAAAAUGGGAGAAAUUAGAAAAUUCAGAACAAAACAUAGCUAAUGUUACAAUAGAGCUAGAUACAAAUCAUGUUCGAGGUUUUUUAUUCUCUGCCCAGGCCUAUUUACAGUGGCCAUCUUUAGUCCGAAAAUCACUCGUUAAAUUUCCUCUUACACAGAUUGGGAAUAUAUCCAUAUCUGAUGUUAUUGUGGAGAACCCGGGUGAUUUUCCUGUUUUAGUUCAAAUUUUACCUUUGUCUUUAUAUCCCAGUCCACACACUAUAAUAGACCUCAUAGGUCAAAGGUUAUCAGCACAUGUAUCUGAAUAUAUAGAAACAGAAGAUAUAGAUGCCUUUACUUUAAGAGAUCUUGAAGCAUAUACUAAAGAAGCAGAUAAUCCGUGGAUUAGCCAUAGAAAAUAUGUAGAGAAUUCUCUCGGACCAAAACCACAUGAUGAUUCUCUGGCAGCUCUUUUAAAACCAGGACAGAAGUUAAAAAUAAAAAUAGGUUUCCAACCACGAGACGAUACAUUUCGAACUUCAUUAAUAAUUAUCAGGAAUAACCUGACUAUUAUUGAUGCAGUGGUGGUACAAGGUCAAGGUCGUCGUGGUGAUUUACGAUUCAGUAGUCGUAGACCUGGAUCAAGUACACCGUUGUUAUUUGAUAUGACUGAAAAACAUCUUAAAAACUGUGAUAUUUCUGAGAAAAAAUCAACUAAAACAUUGGUUCCACAUUUCACCGUCCGAAGAACGUUCACUUUACGUAAUACAGGGGAAUUAGCAUUUUACGUACAGAGUUUCAGUAUAAAUGAUUCUCCAUGUGAAGGGUUCGGGUUUAAAGUUUUGGAUUGUGAAGGCUUUGAAAUGUUGCCCAAUACCAGUAGAAAAAUAGAUAUAGCGUUUACACCAGAUUUUACUAUGUCCAGAAUACGAAGAAGUUUAACUAUAUUUACAAGUCUGGGACCUCCGGCAAAUUACACCUUACAAGCAACUGUUCCUCCACAUUUAUUACCUAAAUGUUCGGCAGCAUUACCGCGCCCAAAUUGGGAACCUGUUCUUUAUUAUUCUAUCGUCUGCGUCAUGGGAUUCCUGCUAUUCUGUAUCCUGGUAGCCGCGUAUUUCGAAGCAGACCGUGUGAUCGUGGCCGAUAUUCUUCGACGUAAAAUGAAAGUAAACAAUGCUCAGAUAUUUGACAAAGGGAAAGUAUUUGAUCUCAAUAGUAUAGCAGGAUUGUCUCCCUUGUAUCCAAAACCACCACCUCAACCUUCGGUAGCAGAGGUAAAGCAUCCGACUCCAAAUCGUAUUUUAGAAGUGAAUGGCCAUGUUGAAUAUCGUCGUGCCAACAGAGAAUCGUUAUUCAGCAGCAUACUAAGUGUUUUACGUAACCUCAUUCCAAGGAAGAUUUUUCGAACCAGUCGGAAAGUCGACCGGCAAUCUUCUCGAGAAAAAGAAUUAAAAUCAGCAAACUUACAAAAUGGUGGAAAACCACAGACAAAUGAAAAAGACAAACAGCCACACAAUGUUACUGACAAUAAUAUAAAUGAUAAAAAUAACACAUCACAAAAAUUACGCAAAGUGAAAGUAGCCAAGAAACAAGCGGAUACCCCUGUAGAUUCGAGUAGUUCUACUAAUGAUAGAAAACGUGAUCCUGAUAAGAAGAGUGAAAUAGAUACGUAUAUAAUGACAACCAAUCCUAACGAUAAUAAUAUAGACUACAUCACCGAUCUAAUGGAUAAGGAAGAUGUAAUACUCAGAAAUAAUGGUGGCAAAUCCCGAAAUAAGAAAAAACGUGGUAAAGGAAAUGAUAUCUUGGGUGGAGUUAGGUCGAAGGACACGUCUGUUCUCCCUGACGACAAAGAUGAAGUUUCCUCCACGACAACCGAUUCAUCUAAUGGUGAUAAUGAAGACAAGAAUUCCAGUGCUCGUGAUUCCACACCCGAGCCACCAAUUACAACAAAUAAAUCCAAAAAAUUGAAAGUACGAGUUAAUGAGCGAACGUCCGUAGAUCUUCUCGAUGAUUUUAAUGGCGAGGGUGAAUUUUUACUGACUUCAAGAUCAAAAGCUCAUCGUAAAAUACGAGUAAACCCAAACGAGACUUUUGGUGGAAAUAUCCUCCGACCAAGUUCCUUAGAACUGCCAUAUUCCAUGGAGAGUAAACCAACGAAGGAAGAAAAAUCAGAUGAAACAAAAACAAAACGAACAUCAAAAUCAGCCAAGAAAACAAAAGGUGCUGUUGUUGUUGUAACCACAGAAACAGACAGCGAGGACCCUGGGAGAGAUUCACCACCUCCAGCAUGGGACAUACCAAAUUUUACUCCUGGAGACCUGACUGCCCUGUCGAUCCAAACACAAGACUUUGCUUCCAAGCAUAUCAAGUCUUUUAGUGGUAAUGGUAAUGCGAAUGGUUUUUCUCCUGAUAGUCUGACAAGCUCCAGUCGAAGCAGUAGCUAUAGUAGCAUCGUUAGCAACAGCAGUAAUGGAGUCGACAACAAGUCUAAAAAUAGAACAGAUAAACGAUUUGCUUCUGGCUUUAAUCCGUUUUCAGAUAAUGGAAUACCAGGUCUGUUGGCCAAGCCCGUGUCACCACCCAUAGAGAAUAAGGGAGGUAAUCCAUGGACUAAUCCCCCAGUAACUAGCAGUCCUAUACCAAUUGUUGAAAACAUGGGAGUGAAUAGUUUUGGUCUACAUACAAUAGACGAGAACACCCAGUCUAGCUAUAACAGUGGUGGACCAGGCAAUAUUGGAUCCUUCUCAUCAUCAAAUGAUUUUGGUUACGCAGUAAAUGGUAUUGGUGGAUUAUAUCCUGGCUUCAACACAUCCAAUCUGGAUUCACAUCAACAAGCUCAACAACUAACCAUGAUGCAACAGUUACAAGCAGAUCGUAGACGCAGAUUCCAAGAGCAUCAACUGAAAAUGCUUCACCAAGGACAAGAUUGGCCCGGAUUUGAUGUACCUCCAGUUAGAAGUGAGAGUUUGUGGGAUUCACCCCUCGACACCACUUCUUGGUCAUCGGCCACAGAUUCACCACCUAAUCCUAAUUCUGGUGGUUUCUGGAACACUAUCACUAACUCGGCUACAAGCGGAUGGAAUUCCUUUGCUUCCAUUUGGGGGAAUACCCCUAGUACUAGCGCUGGCAACACCAUACCAACUGAUUCUACCAUGAAUGACAGUGGCUCCUCCUUCUCGGGUUCUAACAGCCCAACUAUUCCGAUAACAACGGCAAGUGGUGCAAGUUUCCAUCCAUUUGGUCCUGUACAGGACAUCUGGGGACCUGGAUCUACCAAUAACAGUUCUAGUAGUUGGGGAAAAUUUACACCCACCCAGGAAGAAGAGGAGAAGAAACAAUAGAAUUACUUCCCUUUGAACAACUAGUCCUUGAGAGUUAAUUAUCCUCCUCUUAUUGUGGUUUUAGAUUAGAAAUGAUUUGUUAGAUCUCCUUAUAUUGUGUGCUCUAUCUUUCUGUAAGUGAACAUAUGAUAUAUAGGACUGGCUUUAUUCAAUUUUUCAACAUUUGGCUGAGUUGACAGUUUGUUAAAAUUUGCUCGAAACCUUUGUAUGUAAUGUGUAGAUCUUAAUUUUAAAAACGCACCAGAUGGAUGGGGAAGAGAAAGAAGGCAUUAAUUUUACUCUAAAUAUACCAAUAAUUAGGUAUUAUUGAUAGUUAACAAAAAUUUCAUUGGUGUUGUUACAAGCAGUUAUCAAGUUUUGACAAGAGUCUAGUGGUUCAGACUUGACGAAAAACCGAGGUCAUGUGUACACCUUGGUGUGUACAUAGAGAUCCCUUGACAGUUUUAAUUUGAAAUAAGAAUAUGACCUUGUCUGAGCAAAAUUUCCCCUUAUUUCAUUUCUUGAAAUCUAAAAUGUGCAUUAUUGCUUUGUAGUAUCUUUAUAGGCUUCAUUUUCAUUUCUCCUUUGAUCAUUUGUCCAUGUAUUGCUUACUCCCUCUAUUACUAUCCUAUCUUCUUCUUUCUAUCCUUUCCGCAACUCUUUUAAAUGUUUCUUUUCCUUAUGUAGCUUUGCUUCAUUCCUUCUUCUGUCUUUCAUUCAAAACCCCUUUAUCUCCUCCCUGCUGUGUCUCUUUUGCUUUUUAUUCCUUCUUAUUCCACUCAUCAGAUUUGAUAAAUUGAAUAAAGCCAAUAAUUGAUCAGACAACCUUGUCCACUAAUCAUCUCAAUAUUUGGUUAAAUAUUGAAAUUUAUGGUUUACAAACAGUGAACAUUUUUAACAGAAUAAUUAUACCUCUUGAACAAAAUCUGUGUAUAAGAUGCACCAAUUAAUUAUCUGCUUUAUUUUAUCAUGUAUAAGAGGUGUGUUUCUCCAUGAAUAUAAAUAACAAACUCUGUGUAUAAGAUGCACCAAACAAGAUAACAAAUUCUGUGUAUAAGAUGCACCAAACAAAAUAACAAAUUCUGUGUAUAAGAUGCACCAAACAAAAUAACAAAUUCAAUGUGUAAGAUGCAUCCUUUCUAAUACCAACAAUUACUUUAGUUUAGACCUUUGUAUUGUUUGUGAACCAUCAAAUUUUAUAUCUAACCUUUUAUUGUGUACCCUUUUAUAUAGGUUAAAACAUUCAUAAUGUCAUCAUUAACCUUUCAAGGAUACUCAUGAUAAAUGACUUCAGAUAUUUUAAUUGUGACAAAUUCGGUUAAGUAAAGUUGAGCUCAGUUUUUGGGUGUUAAAUUUAUUUUUCUUCUCAUAGUGUAAAGGUUUUAACAUAUGUCUAGAUAGUAUUUGGAGAAAACUGACUUGCAAAAAGGUAUUUUGCUGAGAGAUGUUUUUUUAAGAUCAGACAUAAUUUUAAUAACGUGUAAUUUGCAGAGAUAUGUUUCAAAAUUAGGAUGAAAUUCAAAAAUAAUUUCAUGAAGAAGAUAUAUAUAUAUAUAUAUAUAUAUAUAUACACAUGUACGUACAUUACCGAUAUAACACAUGUAUUCUCUUAUUACAAUUACUCUGAUUAGAAAAAUAAAUUUAUUUUCAUGAAGACAUAGAGCUCCUUUAUAAACUGAAACUCCCUCGUACACUACAGUCCUGGAGUUUAGAACUAUAAUCGCCGAACACCGCGGAAAAACACUCUAUUUCACGGUGGAAUCUUGGAGAAUCGCUAGCGAAACGGCAGCUAGCCAAAUCACCGCGAAAUAGGGUGUUUCGCGGUGAAUUAUGGUGUUUCGUGGUGAAACACGGUGAAUCGCUUGAGUGCCGAUAUCAUCCCGAUGUAAGCAUGUUGACGAAAAAUGUAAUUUAUUUAAGUUGAGUACAAGAUAUGUUAACCGUUAACCGUUAUUUCUAACACACUGUACAUGUAUAACGUGGUGCCACAAUGUACGUGUAUGCAAACAAUGAAUAACUUACAAUUUUUUAAACGUAUCAUUUCAUCUUAUUGGCUGCUAUCAAAUCCAAACUUUAAAUUAUAUUCGAUGAGAUUUUACACAUAACUUCAUUACUCGCAGCUUCAGUUAAUCUAAAUCAACCAUUCAUAAAUCACAGUGCCAUACAUGUAAAUCACUCCGCAAUGGGGUUAACCGUACGUUAAUAAUUGAUAAUUUUGUUUGUUUUAAUAUGCAUCUGCUUUCUUUGAAAUAAUAAAGCGUUAUGUACUUACCCGUGGUAUUGUUUCAUCAUGAAGCCCAUCAAAGAAAAACAAUUAAAUUGUUGAUGUUAUAAAGAUAAAUAUUUGCUAAUAUGUACUUACCGGCAGCGGCCAUUCCAGCUAUGAAUAUACUCAUCUAUAAAUUAUUCGCCUCUUUGUAUUGUGAUUUAAUCAUAAAUAACAUAUUGUCUGUAUUAUAUUUUUAAAAUGAAUAAGUCAAGCCUUAUAAUGUAAUUUAAUUGGUCCGAGUGGUUCUUUGGGUUUGUCCGAGUAGCAAAGAUAAAUAUGGGACCGAUAUUAUGCAAUAUCGAUGCGGGUUCAACCACGAAACUUGCGUAUUCACCGUCUAGUAUAACUUUCGAGCUUCUGAUAUCUAGAUUUUAAACGCAAACAUACAUGUAUGUAUAAGCUUAUAGAUUGCAGCUACACAGGGUACAUGUAUAUGCAGUAGGAAAUCGACAAGUUGGACGUACAAAAGAAUGGAAUCAUUCAGAAAGUGUACUCAAAAUAAGUAAAUUAUAACGGGGUGAAGACGAGAAUUAACACACUCAUGGAUAUUGUAUAAAUAUAUGAGGCGCAUGUAAUGUACACGUAUGUGUGUGUGAAAUGGCUUUAUUCAAUAUCUGCUCCCACCGAAAUGAAUUGGGUGACAUAAAGUAGAUGUAUAUUGUCACAGCGGAUAUUAUUCGCCGAGUAAAACAGCGUAAGAAUAUACAUGUAGUCCCAAUCUUUUGCCGCGUUUCUGACCAUGUAAGGGACCCGCGGAGUGAUUUACUGUACGUGCUGUAUGGAUAAUUGAUUUAGAUUAACCAAAGCUGCGAGUAAUGAAGUAUUGUGUAAAAGCUCAUCGUAUAUAAUUUAAAGUUUGGAUUUGAUAGUAGCCCCAAAUUUACGGAUUACAUCUAAGUUAUAGACGAAGAUGAAUUGUUAUGUUUAAAAAAUUGUAAGUUGUUCAUAGUUUGCAUACAUUUUGGCCGGCGUUAUGUAUGUAUAAAGUGCGGUAAAUGUCUUCCCGAGAUUACCUAACUCAUUUGUUAUUCAAACCUGUCUGUACAUUAUACAUGUACACGUUUCCUGGGAGCAUUACUAUAUUACAACUCCUUUAAUUUAUUAUAGACAAUAUUAGUUCGACCCUAGCUUAAGGUAGGCUCGCGAAUUCCUUGCGGGAAGCACGGCAAAACACGAUGUAUUCUUCUUAUUGAAACACGGUGAAUUCCUAGAGAAACACGGCGAAUUCCUAGAGAAACACGGUGAAUUCCUAGCGACUAAAUUCCUGUAGAUGACUAAAAACAGUUCCAUGGUAACCAGAUAGGGGAUUAUUUUAACCUGUCUAAGUAUAGCUAUGAAACAACUAAUUCAAAUAUUUACUUAUAUUAAAAUAGUUGAUUCUGGUACCCUAAGCUGUGUUAUUGCAUUUGAAAUUGAAAAUUAAAUUGUGUAAAAACAUGUAUACAAGUGUAUUUUUACCAAGUUUUUUUUUACUCAAAAGUGUCGUUUUAUCCAUAAUUUAGAAUGAAAAAUUUCAUGGAGCCCUUUUCACGAAAAAUUUAAACUACAUUAGGAGCCAAAAGCUGGAAAGGGAAAUUAGGAAUUAAAUCACUACCUUUAUUGUCAGCCAAUAGAAAAUCACUACCUCUAUCCUCAGCCAAUAAAAAAAAAAGUGUGGUACCUUGACUUGAGACUUGCAACCAAUGAAAAAUCAGAAUCUUAUUAAGAUUUCCGGGUUUAUGUAUCCCCUGAUCUGUAACCAUGGAAACUGUUUAAUACCCCGAUAUUGAACUAUAAACAUGGUUAUAACUAGACUAAUUACACGGUUUGACAGAUUGUAACCUAUUAUUUGAUGGAAGGAAAAAAAAUGUUAUAUUGUAGAAUUAAUGUGACCUGUGAUAGCAAAAUAAGUCAGAUGUCCCAAGUCUUUUUUACGAUAUGAACAAAAUACGUUAAAAUAGGCUAAUGAUAUAACAUAAAACUAUAACACGAAAUGUAGAAGUUCAUAUUUGAGAAGUAAAUGAAAUUAAAAUUUUAAAUAUUUUUCAUCUAUUUCCAUUUGUUCAUAUAUUAUUAUGGUAAACAAAGACUUGUGACUUCAGACUCAUUUUCCUUUCGCGAGUCACAAAUAUUUAAAAUUUAAUUUUUUGUAAAAUUAUUUAUUGAAUUGUUAGAGAUGAAUUGCAAUUCUCAUUGUUUUCUGUUUUGGUCAAGAAAACCAAUUAUUUUGUUAAUGCAUUAUUUUUAGUUUUUAAUAGAAAGAAUUUGUACCUUAAAUACUUUACUACAAAAAUUGAACGAAAACCAUUAUUUUUGUUAAUCAGUUUUUAUACGCCCACAUUGAAAUGUGGUCGUAUAUUGUCGUCGCCCCCGUCCGUCCGUCGUCCACAAGCUUGUGGACACUCUAGAGGCCAAAGUUAAUAUCCGAUUGACUUUAAAUUUAUACACAGUGCUUAAGGUCAUGAGACGAAGAAUCCUAUUGAUUUUCAGCAAUUUACGAUAAUUACUGCCAGAGUUAUGGCCCUUGAUCACUUUGAAAAAUCUUGUGGACGCUCUAGAGGCCAAAGUUAUUAUCCGAUUGACUUUAAAUUUAUACACAGUGUUUAAGGUCAUGAGACGAAGAAGCCUAUUGAUUUUCAGCGAUUUCUGAUAAUUACUGCCAAAGUUAUGGCCCUUAUCACUUUGAAAAAUCUUGUGGACGCUCUAGAGGCCAAAGUUAAUAUCCGAUUGACUUCAGAUUGAUACACAGAGUUUAAGAUCUUGAGACGAACAAGUAUAUUGGUUUUCAAAGAAUUUUUAUGACUUGGAACAGCUAAAUCCAUGAUACAAUAUUAAAAGUUUUGUAUACAAAACGUUAGCAUGGGGAAGAACUUUAUAAAAACCAAACAAAUUCUAAUGGUUUUCUGAGUUGUUGCUCUUAAUCAGAUUUUUAGUGUAUUAUAAAUGUUUCAUUACCGAAAAAAGUAAAAAUAUACGACAACUCUUGUUGACUGCCCGGACGAUUUAGCUGCUGUGGGCGUAUGUUUCGUUGCCUGGCAACCAUCUUUAAUUUUUAAUACAGAAUGAUUUUGUACAAGUAGAAUAUGUUUUCUGAACUUAAAAAAUUCAGAGCAAUCUCAAUUUUCUUUAAUUUCAGAAACAAGUAUUUUAAAUUUCUGAUUAUUAAAGUUUUUCAACAAUCACAGAUACCUAGAUGUGAUUAGCUAUUUUUGAUUCAGUACGAUAUUUGAAUUAGAAUAUUUUAUUUAGUUACAGAUAUUUAUUUUUGUUGCACAGUAAAACCAUGUGUAAAAAAAAAUAAUUUGGUAAUGCUAAAUCUGUUUAUCAAUUUCAAACUUAGAUUUUAAGAUUACUUUUGAUUGGUUUAGAUGUGAACCAGUAGAAAACUGUGUUUUAUUAGAUUUAGCUGUAAGAGUAUUUGUGAUUGGAUUAGUAGUUAACCAGGAGUUGACGUAUAACAUUUUUAAUUGGUUAAGAAGUUAACCAAUGAGUGAUGUCCAUUUUCUUGGAUACAUUACACCUUAUUGUGACGUGUUAAUUGUGGUAACCUUUGACCCCCAACCAGGAUGAAUAGCAAGUGGCUCCACCUGGUCUAUUAUUUUGUCUUUUGAUUGGUCUGUUUAAAGUGCUGAUAUUCAUAACUUCUGCUGCGAUGGAAAAAAUAUCCAUUUUAAGAAAAAUAAAAAUUUCUUUGUUUUUACUGCAA